CCUAUCUGUCAGUGUCAAACGAAAAGUUAAAAAUCGCACGCAGUGUUGAGCGCUGUGCGAUGUGCGUAAUUUUUGUGGAAGUAAACAAUUUUUAAUUAAAUUAAUGUAUUAAGUGUAUUCUUCGUAUUAGUUAAAUAAUUAUCGUAAUGAAAUAAUAAUAUUAGUGUGAAGACAAAAUGUUGACCCCACGCUUCAAGUUAACACAGGAUGAGAAUCACGUCUUCAUCACCGUGCACGCUCCGUACACAAACAUCGGCGACACAGAAAUAGACGUGGAUGGCGAACAUUUCUUGUUCGUCUCUAGUCCAUACUUCCUGCGACUGCGUCUCCCUGGCCGGAUUGUCGACAAUGAUAGCUCCAAAGGUUCGUACAUUUGCGAUUCGGGCGACUUCAACUUAACCUUUGACAAAGAAACACCAGGCGAACAUUUUGAAAACUUGGAUAUGAUCACGAGCUUAUUGGCUCCUAAGGAUAUACCGGACAUGAAUCCUAGUUUAGUGGAAAUGCUAGAAGAGGAUGGGAUAACUCUAGAAAAUGAAAACAAUGAAGUUGUUGACUACAGUAACAAGUACUCGUAUGGAUUCGCUAAUAAAUUAACAACUGAGUUCAGCAACAUCGGAAUUGAGUUUCCACAGAUAUUUGAAUUAAGGGUUCCGGAAACAGUGUCUAUUGAAGACAGAACAGCUAAAAGAAUCAAACAUGAGAAUGAUAAAUUUUCCUCAGACCACUAUUUAGCUGAUUUCUAUGAUGAAGAACUUCUGGAACCAUUUCUAACAGGUGUAGUCUCAUGGAAUGAACCAAAUUUUAACAAAGAGAUAGAAUUUACUGAAGAUGAAUUGGGUGUGUUAAAGGAACUACCAAAUAAGAACUAUUUGCUUAGUAAAACGGAAUAUAGAGAAGUUCUGUAUGGAUUGAUUGAUAUAUUAUAUGCUUAUUGCUAUGACAAACGAAGUACUCUUAAUGAGAGCAAUGUGGAAUCAGGAUGGACUAUAAAUAAAUUGUCCGCAACCCUGAGCUGGUUCUGUACAUUUAGAGACAUGCGAGAAGUCCUCACUACCUGCUAUAGACGGGCUUUAAUAUUCCCAAUAUUUAGAAACUAUGACCUUUGCAUCAAAGUAAAGAAUGAUCUUGUAUCUCUCUUCAAACUCGGGAAGAAAUUCAUUGUCAAAUGUAUGAUUGAAAUACACCAAAUGUUUAAUGCAAGUAAUGAUGCAAGAUACAUUUUGAACCAGUUAUACAUAAGAGAUUAUUUGAUAUUCCUACAAAAAUGUAGGAACGAGGAGUUGGAUGAACUUUGCAAUAAUAUUGCAAAUAUUGAAAUAUCCAAAGAUGAUUUGGAACUGGAGAUUGUGGAGUUAGAAGAAGCUGCGGAGUUAGUGAAACAAGAGGAGGUUGAUAGCAUCAUGGAAAAUGAAGUUGCCGUCAAGAUGGCUUCCAUGUCCUUACUGAAAGGCUUACAUCGAACAAAUCCUGUGUACAUUGAGAGUGAUAGUGAUGAAGAUUCGGAUUCAAGUGAUUCGUCCGACUCGUCUGACUCCUCAGAUGAUUCUUCAGAUGAGCUGGACUCCGAUGAUGAUCCCUCUUGACAAAGAUAUGGCUUGUAGCAAUCAAGCAGUAAAGGCUUGUGAACAAUUGAGACUGAUAGCAUAGGACAAGUAAUUCAGCAAUCAGUGGUCUGGACAAUAUAAUAGUUUGUGCACAGUGAACCGAAGUGAAUCUCAAUGCAAAAGUUUCUCAAGCCAGGACUCUUAGUGUCAUAAGAAAAGACAAUUUAAUUAUUAUAAGUGUUUCUGCAUUUAAUCAUUCACUAUUAUGUGUAGCUUCAGAAUAAAUGUGAUUAAAUAUUGUAACCUACAUAAUUGUAUCAGCUGAAUGUAAUAUUUAAUUCAAUAAAGAAUUAUUAGAAAUAAAA